AUGGUUGAAAUGUCACAGACGCCAGAUCUGUCUUGGAAUCUCAACCGAGCCAUGUUACUGGGAAGAGGAAAUCAGCUUCUAGAGCUCCCACAAAUGCGAGAAUCAAAGCGUCCCCACACCACCCCUGAUCCAAACUUGGAUCCAAAUCGAAUGAUGACUGAUUUUAUGGCAUCUCCAGUUGAGAUGCACAGUGCUAUCGACCCUGUCAUGAGCCAAGAUGACUGGUUGGGCAGUAUGGGUUUGGGUGCUGAGGUUGGAGAUAUACAAGCAACUUCGCAGCACCCGGGACUCGUCGUUCAUCCACCUGCUGACGAACCUAAGUCACACAAAGACGCAAUUGGAAAAGUCAUUGCAGAGGAAAUUAACCAUUUCCUCAAGCAGUAUGAAGCACGAGUGGGUAAUGAGAGGUCGCUGUCUCAGGACGACCUAGUGAAACGCUUCAAAAUUUCAUUGCGAUCUUCUCUCGACACCAUCACCAACGCUGACAGCUCUUCAAGAAGCUUCAUUGGUGGACUCGUCGAUAUUGAAAAGACAUCUCAUGAGAAGGAUGGGGAGUUUCGCUGCACUUUUGAAGGUUGUCGAAAGGUCUCCAAAAGAUUAAGCGGACUGAAGAAGCAUUUACAGCGUCACAAAAAACCUUUCGGUUGUACGUUCGAUCGUUGCAGCAAGGUAUUCGGCUCCAAAAACGAUUGGAAGCGACAUGAACAAAGCCAACAUGAACAACAGGAGUGCUGGCGAUGCCACAAAUGCUUUGAAGUCUUCUACCAUAAUCAGACUCAUAUCAUCAAUCACCUAAUGGACAGACACGGGGUGAAACGAGCCGACGAGGCAACCAAGCAAGCAAAAAGCAGGAGAAUUGCUCGCAAUUACCAAGGUCAAUUCUGGUGCGGGUUUUGCGAUAAGAUUGUUUUUCACGAAUAUCAUGGGGUAGAGGCCAUCAACCACAGAUUCGACCACAUAGCUGAUCACUUCAAAAAAGAAGAGUCCAGUAGUGAUUGGAUUGAACUUUGUGGACAUGGCAGGACAAAAGGCGCAUUGAAAGAGCAAUCCCAAAUGCAGAGUCCUGCCAAUACUGAAGAUGAUGAUGACGAUGAUGACGAUGAAGCAGGAGAGCAGCAGAUGGCAGAGCCAGGGAACUGUCCUGAAUCUUCCAUCGCAUCGGGCUCCACGAUGCAGAGUGGGAUGUCCACAGAACAACAAAGUUUAUCGCAUUAUUCUUCCUCAACUGCAGAGGCCAAUUUCAAAAAGGGCCGCAGCGAUCUGAGACCGGAUCAGAUCACCACCAACCCCAAAUGGGCGCAACAACUUGAACCGGGACAGGAAGUGUUGUCAACGAAAUCACAAUCGACACGCCCAACUCGGCGUGGUCGAGCUUAUACUUCAUCACCAGUUCGAGGGCAGUUCGUCGUUUGCUGUCAGUGUGGCGACCCAUAUAACGUCUUGCUCGGCAAGUCUUGUGUUCCUUGCGAACACGAUGCCUGUCCUCGUUGUAAAGUAGGUGUCCCUUUCUGUAUGGACGAUGAUGGGACGAUGAUGAUGUGA